UUGUCUCCAUGAUGCUGCAAUACCAUUUAGCCUUUUCCUUCCUUUUUCUUCUAAUUCACUCUCCCCAUAGUAUCACGCAUAAUGUAUAUCUUCCUUUUACUGUUUAUAUUAAUAGUUAUUGCUUGUUGGAUUUGUCGGAAAAGAAUAAGAACAGUAAUAUCUUCUGGAGCAAAUAAACUCAACCGCUUGUUGGGAUACCACCUGUUGCCGACUCAUGCUGGAUCAUUUGAAGAUGAUAUUGAAGAUGGUCUCACCAGUACGAAUUUCGAUCUGAAUGUCAACAUUAACGAGGAAGACAGUAGAGCUGGUCUCAAGGAUAAAGAAGAAAUUAUGAGAAUUAUGCGAAAACAGAAGGUUUCUUUCGACGAAGCUCGGCUGAUUCGACAACAAAGAUUAUUGAAGAAGAAUGUAAGAUUACAAAAGAGUGUGUUUAGCUAAGACAUUGAAAAAUAAUGAUCCUGUUGCCAUUGUUGUAGAACAUCGAUCCUGCUACCGGUUUACCAAACGAUCCUAAAUUUGUACAAUUUUGAGCCGCUAUACAAUUUAAACAAUUAUUUAUUCACUAUUCCAUUUUGAUGGUCUCUUGACCCUGUUUGCUGGUUUUUCUAGGCAAUGAAUCAUACCACACUCACAGGUUAUCCUUUUUUAAGCUUUCUGAACUGUUCAAUUAAACAGCAGCAGCGAAGCUUUUUUUUUGUUUUUUUUCCAGUCUAGACAACUUUUUUUUUUUCGUUUUA